GGACUCUCUGAGAGGCUGUUUCUCCGUCUCCGAUAGCAAGUUUAAUUAUAAAUGUUUGAAUUAUAAAGGAGAACAAAAUGAGCUGGGCUUUAGAAGAAUGGAAAGAAGGCCUGCCUACAAGAGCUCUUCAGAAAAUUCAAGAGCUUGAAGGACAGCUAGACAAACUAAAGAAAGAAAGACAGCAAAGGCAGUUUCAACUUGAAACUCUGGAGGCUGUACUGCAGAAGCAAAAGCAGAAGGUUGAAAAUGAAAAAACCGAGGGCACAAAUCUGAAAAGAGAGAACCAAAGCUUGAUGGAAAUGUGUGAAAAUCUGGAGAAAACCAAGCAGAAGAUUUCUCAUGAACUUCAACUCAAAGAGUCACAAGUGAAUUUCCAGGAGGGGCAACUGAAUUCAUGCAAAAAACAAAUUGAAAAACUGGAACAGGAACUUAAAAGGUAUAAAUCUGAACUUGAAAGAAGCCAACAAGCUGCUCUGGCUGCAGACGCCUCUCUGAACCCAUGCAAUACACCACAAAAAAUUUUUACAACUCCACUAACACCAAGUCAAUAUUAUAGUGGUUCCAAGUAUGAAGAUCUAAAAGAGAAAUAUAAUAAAGAAGUUGAAGAAAGAAAAAGAUUAGAGGCAGAGGUUAAAGUUUUACAGGCUAAAAAAGCAAGCCAGACUAUUCCCCAAAGCACCAUGAAUCACCGAGAGAUUGCUCGACAUCAGGCUUCUUCGUCUGUGUUCUCAUGGCAACAGGAGAAGACCCCAAGUCGGCUUUCAUCUGUUGCUCAAAAGACUCCGAUUAGGAGAGAUUUCUCUGCCCCUCACUUUCCUGGGGAACAAGAGGUGACUCCGAGUAGACUGUCUUUGCAAAUAGGGAAAAAAGAUGCCAAUAGCAGUUUCUGUGAUAAUUCUCGCAAUUCUCAUCUUCUGGAUCAAUUAAAAGCCCAGAAUCAAGAGCUAAAAAGCAAGAUUAGUGAGCUGGAAGUACGGCUGCAAAGGCAAGAAAGAGAAAUGAAGAACCAAGUGAAUAAAUUUCAAGAGCUCCAACUCCAGUUGGAGAAAGCAAAAGUGGAAUUACUUGAAAAAGAGAAAGUUUCGAACAAAAGUAGGGAUGAGCUAGUGAGAUCAAUGGCCCAAUAUGACCAGGCAUCAACUAAGUGUACUGCAUUGGAACAAAAACUGAAAAAAUUGACUGAAGAUUUAAGUUGUCAGCGACAAAAUGCAGAAAGUGCCAGAUGUUCUCUGGAACAGAAAAUCAAGGAGAAAGAAAAGGAGUUUCAAGAGGAGCUCUCCCGUCAACAGCAUUCUUUCCAAACAUUGGACCAAGAGUAUACUCAAAUGAAAGCCAAACUUACCCAGGAGUUACAGCAAGCCAAGAAUACUCAUAAUGUCCUGCAGGCUGAAAUGGAUAAAGUCUCAUUGGUUAAACAACAGCUAGAAAAAUAUUUAGAAGAAUUUAAGCAAAAGUUAUGCAGAACUGAACAGGCAUUACAGGCAAGUCAGAUCAAGGAGAAUGAGCUGAGGAAAACCAGUGAGGAAAUGAAGACGGAAAACAGCCUCCUCAACAGACAGUCUGAGCAAAGAGCCAGUGAAGUCUGCCACCUGGAGGAAGAACUCAAGAAGGUCAAACAGUGUUUAAAUCAAAGCCAGAAUUUUGUAGAAGAACUGAGAGCUAAGAAUAACUCCCAGGAAACCAUGUUAAGAGAUCUUCAAGAAAAAAUGAAUCAACAAGAAAACUCCUUGACUUUAGAGAAAUUGAAGCUUGCCCUGGCUGAUCUGGAAAAGCAGCGAGAUUGUUCUCAAGACCUUUUGAAGAAAAGGGAGCAUCACAUUGAACAACUGAAUGAUAAGUUAAGCAGAACAGAGAAAGAGUCCCAAGCUUUACUGAGUGCUUUGGAGUUAAAAAAGAAAGAAUAUGAAGAAUUAAAAGAAGAGAAAACUCUGUUUUCUCGUCGGAAUAGUGAAAAAGAACGACUUUUAAGUCAGAUGGAAUCAGAAAAGGAAAGUCUGCAGAGUAAAAUUAAUCACUUGGAAACCUGUCUCAAGACUCAACAAAUGAAAAGUCACGAAUACAAUGAACGACUAAAAACAAUGGAAAUGGAAAAAGAAAAUCUAAAUGUGGAGAUCAGAAACCUUCACAAUGUGAUAGACAGCAAAAGUGUAGAGGUAGAGGCACAAAAACGAGCUUAUGUGGAACUACAGCAGAAAGCUGAGUUCUCAGACCAGAAACAUAUGAAGGAAGCAGAAAACAUGUGUUUGAAAAUUUCUCAGCUUACUGGAGAAGUUGAAGAUCUAGAACACAAACUUCAGUUACUCUCAAGUGAAAUACUGGACAAAGACCAAUGUUACCAAGACUUGCAUGCUGAAUAUGAGAGCUUCAAAUAUCUGUUAAAAUCCAAAGAUUCUUCUCCAGUGACAAAUGAGGAUCAUCACAGAAGCCUUUUAACUUUUGAACAGCAGCCCGCAGUGCACAAUUCCUUUGCAAGUAUAAUUGGAGAACAGGGAAGCAUGCCUUCAGAAAGGAGUGAAUACCAUUUAGAAGCAGACCAAAGUCCAAACAAUUCAACAGUCCUACAAAAUAGAGUCAUUUCACUUGAGUUUUCAUUAGAGUCUCAAAAGCAGAUGAAUUCAGAUCUGCAGCAGCAGUGUAAAGAGUUGGUGCAAAUCAAAGGAGAAAUAGAAAAAAAUCUCAUUAAAGCAGAACAGAUGCAUCAAAGUUUUGUGACUGAAACAAGUCAACGCAUAAGUAAAUUACAAGAAGACACUUCUGUUCAUGAGAAUGUUGUUGCUGAAACUUUAGUUGCCCUUGAGAGCAAGGAAAUAGAGUUGCAACUGUUGAAUGAAAAGUUUGAAACUGAGCAAGCAGAAAUGCAAGAAUUAAAAAAGUGUAAUCAUUUACUUGAAGAAUCUCUAAAGGAGCUACAGCUUUUGUCUGAAACCCUGAGCUCAGAGAAAAAGGAAAUGAGCUCCAUCAUUUCUCUAAAUAAAAAAGAAAUUGAAAAGCUGACCCAAGAGAAUGGGACUCUUAAGGAAAUUAAUGCAAACCUAAAUCAAGAGAAAAUGAACUUACUACAAAAAAGUGAGAGUUUUUCAAAUUGUAUAGAUGAGAAAGAGAAAAGCAUUUCAGAGUUAUCUGAUCAGUACAAGCAAGAAAAACUUAUUUUACUGCAAAGAUGUGAAGAAGCAGAAAAUGCACUUGAGGAUCUUCAGGAAAAACACAAAACAAUACAAGAAAAGAACUCCAAGUUAGAGUGCUUGCUGAAUGAAUGCACUAGUGUUUGUGAAAAUAGAAAAAAUGAGUUAGAACAGCUAAAGGAAACAUUUGCAAGGGAACAUCAAGUAUUUUUAACAAAAUUAACUUUAGCUGAAGAAAGAAACCAGAACCUAAUACUAGAGUUGGGGGCAGUGCAGCAUGAUCUGAGAUCUGAGAUGACUGAUAUCCAAAACAAUGCCAAGAGCGAGGCUCAUAGUUUAAAGCAAGAAAUCAUGACUUUAAAGGAAGAACAAAGUAAGAAGCAAAAGGAAGUUGAUGCUUUAUUACAAGAGAAUGAGCGCCUGAUUAAGUUAGUGAUGACUCAGUGUGAACAUCAAAAUCUAGAAUUGGAACCAAUUAGGGACUCGGUGAAAGAAAGAGAAAGUGAGGUACAUAAAUGUAAUGUUCAACUUCAGAUGGAUCUUGAAGUUAGAGACACUUCUGUAGACAGUUGUAAUGCACAACUGAUGCAGUUAGAAGCUGUGAUAAAAAAUAUGGAAUUAAAACUUCAGGAAAGUGAGGAACAGAAAGAGUGCCUGCAGCAAGAAUUACAGACGAUUAGAGGAGCAUUAAAAACUGGGAGUGUGCAACAAGAUACUCAGUCACAAGAAAUUAGUGACCCCAAAGAUUGUGAACUAGAUACAGAAGAAAAGUAUAUUUCAGUGCUUCGUGAGUUGUCAACAAGUCAAAAUGACAAUGCACAGCUACAGUGCUCUCUACAAACAGCAAAGAACAAACUGACUGAGCUGGAGAAAAUGUUUGAAAUACUGCAGGUUGAAAAGUUUGGACUAAUAUCUGAGCUGAACGAUUCAAGAUCAGAAUGUAUCACAGUAACUAGUAAAAUGGCAGAAGAAGUAGAGAAACUAGUAAAUGAAGUAAAAAUAUUAAAUGAUGAAAAUGGUCUUCUCCAAGGUGAGUUAGCUAAACAAACACCAGAAGCUGGAUUUAGUGAACAACAAAAUGAGCAGAAGUCUAUGUCCCUGAAUCCUUUGGAUGACAGUAAUUUCUGUGAGCAGUUGACAUUGUCAAACAAAGAAGUUCAAAUGCACUUUGUUGAAUUACAGGAGAAAUUCUCAUCUUUACAAAGCGAACACAAAAUUUUACACGAUCAGCACUUUCAAAUGAGCUCUAAGGUAUCAGAACUGCAGUCCUAUGUUGACACAUUGAAGGCUGAAAAUUCCAUCUUGUCACUGAACCUGAGAAGUUUUCCGAGUGACUUGGUAAAGGAGGGACAGCUGGGACCCGAGGAGGGGCAUUUUCUGUCACUGUCAUUCUCUGGUGUGACUGACAGCACUAGUCUUACCGGUUUGGGAGAAUCCUCUUUUUACAAAGAUCUUUUAGAACAGACAGGAGAAAAAUCUCUUUUGAAUAAUUUGGAAGAGGCUGUUUCUGCAAACCAAUCUAAUGUCAGUGAAGCGUCUUGCAGCAGUCUAGAGGACAGUCUGACCAAGAAAGAAAUUCCAUCUGCCCCGGUGAGGAGUACUGAAGAACUUAAGACCCUCUGUCAGACAUACCUGCAGUCGCUCAAGAAGCUGGAAGAGAAAAUCGAAAGUCAAUGGAUUAUGAAAAAUAAGGAAAUUCAAGCGCUUGAACAGUUAUUGAAUUCUGAAAGGAAAGAGCUUGACUGCCUUAGAAAGCAGUAUUUGUCAGAAAAUGAACAAUGGCAGCAGAAGCUGACAAGUGUGACAAUGGAGCUGGAGUCCAAGCUGGCAGCAGAAAAGAAACAGACGGAGCACCUGUUACUUGAGCUCGAAGUAGCGCGAUUCCAACUGCAAGGACUUGACUUAAGUUCGCAAUCUUUGCUUGGCACUGACACAGAAGAUGCUAUUCGGGGUGGAAAUGAUAGCUGUGAUGUUCAACAAUCAGAAAGAUAUACUCUAAAAACGCCUAAUGAAAGAACAUCAAAGCAUGACAUUCAUCAGAUUUGUGGACAAGCUGUUCAGCAGGACUUGAGUCAAGAGACUGAGAAAAUACCUGAGACUGGUGCACUUUUAGGAGAAUGGCCUAAGGAGCAGUCUUUGGAAACCAAUUGUGAAACUCUACUGGAAGACAAAACCCAGGACUGUUCAGAAUGCAUUUCUGAUUUGUCAUUUUCUGGUCCUAAUACCUUGGUACCUAUGGAUUUUCUGCAGAAUCAGGUAACCAUUCAGAAUCUCCAACUGCAGGUAAAAGAGACAUCAGAUGAGAAUUUGCGAUUGCUUCACAUCAUAGAGGAACAUGACAAAAAGGUUGAAAGUUUGCUAAAUGAAAUAAAAGAGUUGGACUCAAAACUUGAUUUACAGAAAGUACAACUAACCACCAAGAUGGAAGCAUGCAUAGAAUUGGAAAAAAUAGUUGAAGGUCUUAAGAAAGAAAAAUCGGAGUUAAGUAAAAAAUUGGAUUCCUUCUCUUGUGAUAACCAGGAGUUAUACCAGAGAAUAAAAACUUUGGAAGGCCUCAGUUCUAAUUUAGCAUUAGGUACAGAUAAAUUGUCAGAUGAAGUUAUUGAAGAUGAUGUAGCCAAGAUGAAUGACAACUGGAAAGAGAAAUUUCUUGAUGUGGAAAAUGAGCUGAAGAGAACCAAGUCCGAGAAAGCAAGCUUUGAGCAUCACGCCCUGUCCAUGGAAGCGAAAUUGGAGAUAGUUCAAUCAGAAAAGAUAAAUUUAGAGAAAGACAAUGAAAAUAAGCAGAAAGUUAUAACAUGCCUGGAAGAAGAACUCUCUGUGGUCACAACUGAGAGAAACCAGCUUCAUGAAGAAUUAGAUACGAUGUCAAAAGAAAACAAAGAAUUGGAUCAGAUGUCUGAAAAGAUGAAGGAAAAAAUACAAGAGUUUGAAUCUAAUGAAGGUCACUGUCUCCAUCACAUUCAAGUGGUGGAAGCUAAGGUAAAGGAGAAAACAGAUCUCCUUCAGACUUUGUCUUCUGAUACAAGCGAGCUGUUAAAAGAUAAAGCGGAUCUCCAGGAGCAGCUGCAGCAUUUGGAAAGAGAUUCACAGGAACUGUCUCUGGUUAAAGCUGAACUGGAAAACCAAAUUGGAAAAUUGAGUAAAGAGAAAGACUUGCUCGUAAGGGAAUCAGAAAGCCUGCAGUCCAAAUUGAGUGAAUCAGAACAUGAAAAGCUAAACCUCUCCAAAGCCUUGGAGGUUGCAUUAAUGGAGAAAGGUGAGAUUGUAGGGAGACUGAGCUCAACACAAGAGGAAGUGCAUCAGCUAAGAAAUGGCAUCGAGAAGCUAAAAGUCCGCAUUGAGGCUGAUGAAAAGAAGCAUCUCUAUGUCUCACAAAAACUAAAGAAAAGUGAACAUAAAACUGAUUUGCUUAAGGAUAAAGUUGAGAACCUUGAAAGGGAAUUGCAGAUGUCAGAAGAAAACCAAGAACUUGUGAUUCUUGAUGCUGAGAAUUCCAAAGCAGAGGUAGAGACUCUAAAAGUAAAGCUAGAAGAGAUGGCCCAGAGCCUGAAAGUUUUAGACUUAGACCUUGACACGGUAAAGUCUAAAGAAGAAAGUCUGACAAAACAACUAGAAGAAAAACAAGGUCAAGUGUCUGAAUUAGAAACAUCACUCUCUUUAUUUAAAGGUCUACUAGAAGAAAAAGAGCAAGAGAAAUUACAGAUAAAAGAAGAAUUUCUGACUGCAGUGGAGUUGUUUCAAACACAAUUGAAGGAGCUAAAUAAGGAAGUAGCAGCCUUGUGUGAUGACCAAGAGAACUGUUCAGCCAAAGCACAGAGUCUGGACUCACCAGCUGAAGAAGUGUGUCAGCUGAGAAAUCGUAUUGAAAAGCUGAAAGUCUACAUGGAAGCAGAUGAAAAGAAGCAGCUCCAUUUCUUAGACAAACUGAAGGAAAGUGAGCAAAAUGCAGACUUGCUUAAGGAUAGAGUUGAGAACCUUGAAAGAGAACUAGAGAUAUCAGGAAAACACCAACAGCUUGUAAUACUUAAUGCUGAGAAUUCCAAAGCAGAGGUAGAGACCCUCAAAAUAAAAACGGAAGAGCUGGCCCAAAACCUGAGAGAUUUGGAAUUAGACCUUGUCACUAUAAGGUCAGAAAAAGAAAAUCUGACAAAAGAAUUACAAAAAGAGCAAGGACGAAUAUCUGAAUUAGAAACAUUAAAUUCUUCACUUGAAAGUCUACUGCAAGACAAAGAGCAAGAAAAAGUACAGGUGAAAGAAGAAUCUAAAAUUGCAGUGGAGUUGCUUCAGACACAAUUAAAAGAGCUGAAUGAGAAAGUAGCAGCUUUGUGUAUUGACCAAAAGACAUAUAAGUCUAAAGAACAGAAUCUGAGCAGUCAUGUAGACUAUCUUGAACAAGAGAGGGCUCAGUUACUACAAGGGCUUGGAGAAGCCAAAAACAAUUAUAUGAUUUUGCAGUCCUCUGUGGAUGGCCUCAUUCAGGACGUAGAGGAUGGCAAACAGAAACUAGAGAAGAAGGAUGAAGAAAUCGGUAUACUAAAAAAUCAAAUUCAGGACCAAGAGCAGCUCACCUCUAAACUGUCCCAAGUGGAAGGAGAGCAGCAACUUUUGAAGAAGCAAAAAACAGAACUGGGAAAUCUGACAGUGGAAUUGGAGCAGAAGAUCCAAGUGCUGCAAUCCAAAAAUGACACUCUGCAGGGUACCUUAGAAGUGCUGCAGAGUUCUUACAAGGAUAUAGAGAAUGAGCUUGAAUUGACCAAAAUGGAAAAAACUUCCUUUGUUGAAAAAGUAAACACAAUGACUGUGAAGGAAACUGAGCUGCAGCGGGAAAUACAUGAGUUGGAACAAAAAAUGACAGAGUUGAAAGAAGAAUUUAGUGGAGAAAAAAAUAGGCUAAUUGAAGAAUUAAACUCAGUGUUGGAAGAAGCAAAGAGCAGCAAAGUUCAAUUGAAGGAGCUCAUGUUAGAAAAUAGUGAAUUGAAGACGAGUUUGGAUUGCUUACACAAAGAUCAAAUGGAAAAGGAAGGGAAAUUAAGAGAAGAAAUAGCUGAGUAUCAGCUGCGACUUCAGGAAGCUGAAAAGAAGCACCAGACUUUGCUUCUGGAUGCAAACAAACAGCAUGAAAUGGAAAUCCAGACAUGUCAAGAGAAAUUGGCUUCUAAAGAAGAAUAUCUUAGCUCACAGAAGUUGGAGGUAGACCUCUUAAAGUCCAGUAAAGAGGAACUCAAUAAUUCUUUGAAAGCUACCAACCAGAUUUUAGAAGAAUUGAAGAAAACCAAGAUGGACAGUCUAAACUAUGCCAAUCGGUUGAAGAAGGAAAAUGAACGAGCCCAGGGGAAAAUAAAGUUGUUGAUAAAAUCCUGUAAACAGCUGGAAGAAGAAAAGGAAACCUUGCAGAAAGAGCUAUCUCAUCUUGAAGCUGCACAGGAGAAGUUAAAAUCAGGUACCAUUGUGGAUGCUAAUGUAGAUGAAUUAAUGACUGAAAUGAAAGAACUGAAAGAAAUUCUUGAAGAAAAAGCCAAGGAGGCAGAUGAAUACUUGGAUAAAUACUGUUCCCUGCUUAUAAGCCAUGAGAAAUUAGAGAAAACUAAAGAGAUGUUAGAAAUACAAGUUGCUUGUCUGAGUUCUCGACAAUCUAAACAUAAUCUUCAAAGUUCUCCUUCACCAAAGUCAGUUGUUCCAGGACCAUCUCCAGUCCCUUCUGUGAUUGAAAAGAAGUUAUCCACUGGCCAAAAUAAAGUUUCAGGCAAGAGGCAAAGGUCCAGUGGCAUUCAGGGGAGUGAUGGAGGAUCAACGCCUUCUACACCAGAGACAAUUUCUAAAAAGAGUAGAAAAGUGGUCAAAAGUGGUUAUCACCCUGCAGAGGAUGCCGAAGACAUUGAGUUUCAGCCAGAGGGUCUCCCAGAAGUUGUGAAGAAAGGAUUUGCUGAUAUCCCAACAGGAAAGACAAGCCCAUAUGUCCUGCGGAGAACAACCAUGGCCACCAGAACCAGCCCCCGCCUUGCUGCCCAGAAGUUAGCACUGUCGCCCCUAAUUCUCAACAAAGAAAAUGUUGCUGAGACCUCCAAACCAACAGCUGGUGGCAGCAGAUCACAAAAGGUCAAGGUUGCUCGACAGAGCCCAGCAGAUCCAGGUGCUGUUGUUAGAGAACCCACCACAAGUUCUCUCUCGGUCAAUAACCUUCCAGAGAGAAGUUCGCCUGACAGCCCCAGAGAGGGCCUGAGGGCCAAGCGAAGCCGACUUGUUCCUAGCCCAGCAGCUGCUUUCGAAUCCAAGAGCAGCGAGAACUGUAGGGUCCAAUAGAAGAGACCCCUACCUUAUGUGCCAGGACCCCUGGGAAACGGCUGUAGUUGAAUAGAUGACAGUGAAACUGCAGGGGCUUUUCUGUAGUCAGGGGGUACUUUAUCGGUGGGAAGAGAAUUUCUUAAACAUCUACAGAUUUUGUACUCUAGAUCUCCCAUGUCUAAGUAUUGGAAAGGUUUAUUUUCCUCUCUCAUAAUGUAAGUAGUGCUGUGUAAAGCUUUCUGGGAAAAUGUUACAAUUGAAUGGUAAGCACUAUAUAACAACUUCUAUGUGUAGGUGGAUUUUACCCCAAAAUUACAAAAGACAUUUUAUACUUUCAAUUAACAGCACCCAGAAAAAUCUAAACAUUUGUUUUAUGACAUUUCCUAUGUAGAAUGUUAGGUGUGAAAUAGUUUUAGACCAAGAAUUUCUUUGAGCUGAGUAACAUGCAGGAAAACCAUGUUACAUGUUUUUAGGACUAUAUAUAUAUAUAUACAAAUAUGUGUGUGUUCAUCCUUCUCUUACAGAAGCUGUACGUAUGUGUGUGGGGGGAGGGCGGUAAGGAGGUGUGUGUUGAUUUCCAAUUAGCCUGGAGCUUGCAGCCAGAGGUGUAGCAUUUCAAGUUUCCUGUUAUCGUGCUGUUUUUUCAUUUGUUUGUUUUAAAGACCAAUUUGUUGCAGUUCUUUGAUAUGUAUUCUUACAUCUGUUGAUUUUGUAUUAAAAUGUGGCAUGUUUUUCUAAAAAAAAAAAGAAAAUUACCUUUCUUUUCUCUAAAAAUGGUUUCAAAAUAAAUACAUUAUGAAUAUUGGUAGUAUUGCUAACUUCAACAGCCUCUUAUAUGAGUAAAAAUAUUUGAAAAAUAUUACAGAUCUUUCAACAAAUGAUAUUAGUAUAUUUAAUGAACCUAUUCAAUUAAUUAAAAGACAUAAUUUGAACCAUGGGUC